GAGGUUUGUCACGUCGAGUGAUGACAAAUCUCUUCGUGUCUGGGAGUUUGGCAUCCCUGUGGUGAUCAAGUAUAUAAGUGAGGCGCACAUGCACUCAAUGCCAUCAAUUGCCCUGCACCCAAACUCCAACUGGCUGGCAGCACAGAGCUUGGACAAUCAAAUAUUGAUAUACAGCACCAAGGAAAGGUUCCAGCUCAAUAAGAAGAAGCGAUUUGCUGGCCACAUUGUAGCAGGUUAUGCUUGUCAGGUGAACUUCUCACCUGAUGGGAGAUUUGUGAUGUCAGGUGAUGGUGAAGGUAGUUGCUGGUUCUGGGAUUGGAAAAGCUGCAGGAGGUUUAAGACAUUGAAGUGCCACAACGGGGUUUGCAUUGGAUGCGAGUGGCAUCCAUUGGAAACUAGCAAGGUUGCGACAUGCGGAUGGGAUGGUGUAAUUAAAUACUGGGAUUGAGCCAGGACAGAAAGACCGCUUGAGAUGCUAGGAAGUUCACAACAGUGCAAUCCUCAAGGCCUAAACUUCAUGGUAUACUGUAAGUUGACAUGUGGGAGAGAGGGAGGGGGGGGGGGGAUGCGACAUAUUUCUACCGCCGACUAGCUCUUUAUUGCCCUUGCAAGGAAGUGAUGUACCAUACAUGUGGCAGCAACUCAAUUUUCGAACUGUACCUUGGCCGCUAGUAACUUGUUAUUUUCAGUUUCCAUUCAUCUUAUUGAAUCCUACUUUUUUGUAGUACCUGAGAAGCAGGCUUGUAUACUAAGGAGUAUUAAUAUACUUGGGGUGGUGUUCCCCUCUUGCUUGCGCAGUUUCAUGCGCUGUGUUCAUAAAAUGUUUUGGACCGAAUAGGCAUGGUAGAUUUGAAAUAUAGUGUUGUAUUGCUUAGUUUGAAUUUUGAAGUGAUGUCAUCAGUAACAUGGAGAGGUGCAUUCACCGGUUAUACUGUAUCUGGGAAUUAAGCGGGCCGGGUGGACUGGUUAGCCUUCUCUUUUGAUCUACUGGCGAUGCGUACCAAAUGGGCUGGUUUAAAUCUGGUGAAGUAUCCAGUAGUGUGGCCGUGUGGGUCUAAAAUCGAUUCUAUUUGCUUUCCGGAUUGUAGGCUUGUAGCAUUGGUACGCUGGACUGGUUGAAACGCAAGCAAUUUUGCGGUCGCUAUCAACCAACACUAAACCUUGACCGUGGACUGGCAUCAGAAAACGGUGUGCCUUACCUUAGGAGGGAGAAAGAAAACAAAAUAACUAGUACUUAUUGAUUGACUUGGACGGCUAGCCCCCCUUCGUGUCCAGAAACACAACUCUGAGUUGGGCCAGAAACAAGACGAAACAGAUGCUGCUCCUGCACUGAACCGUUGUUUGUACGGCGCAUUCGUGUCCAAGCCGCAAUGGCACCACGCGAUCCCACCGGUCUCGUCUCUCCCGGGAUCCUAUCUAUCCGGAGCCAAGCAAAAAGGGAUUCCCUCGCUUUCCUAGCUUCCAAGGUCAAAAACCACACAGGCAAUGCGCACACGUAUCUUGUAUCUUGUUGCCACACACACACACCCCCCAUGUUUGUCCAUUUGGGUAUCUGAUGCCUUCUUUUCCUUGUCCUCCAGACCCAUCAUCAAUCUCAGUCCUCCAACACAGCACCAUUUGUAUAUGCUUUCCCUUCUCCAUGCAAUAAACUCCACAGCUUGCUUCCUGCCAACCUUUUCCACUCUCCCAUCUCAUCUCGCCACAUCCUGACCUGAGAGGCUGAGACCCCUGCUGCUGCUCUCCUCCUCCCCUGUAACAACCGGCCGACCCUAUAUCUUCGGCCAUCAUCAGUUCACACCUGACCUGCAUACAUCAACAAACACAUCACCGGUGCGGUUCGGUGAGCAACAAAUUAGAACAUGGGCUCGUGCGCGGCGCUGCGGGCGCUGGCGGUGCUGGUGUGGGUGGCGGCGGCGUACCCGGUGGUGUUCCGGGCGCGCCCCGUGCAGGCGCUGGCGGCCAACUGGGGCACCCGCGCGCUGCACCCGCUGCCGGGGGACAUCACCGUGCGCCUCCUCCGCGACAACGGCUUCGACAAGGUCAAGCUCUUCGAGGCCGACCCCCCCGCGCUCCGGGCGCUGGGCCACUCGGGCAUCCAGGUCAUGCUCGGCCUCCCCAACGAGCUGCUCGGCCCCGUCGCCGCCAGCGUCAACGCCGCCGAGCAGUGGGUGCUCCAGAACGUCUCCACCUACGUCUCCAAGUACGGCGUCGACAUCCGCUACGUCGCCGUCGGCAACGAGCCCUUCCUCAAGUCCUACAAGGGCAAGUUCGAGGCCGCCACGCUGCCCGCCGUCCAGAACGUGCAGGCCGCGCUCCUCAAGGCCGGCCUCGCCCGCCAGGUGCACGUCACCGUCCCGCUCAACGCCGACGUCUACGAGUCCCCCGACGGCAAGCCCUCCUCCGGCGACUUCCGCCCGGACAUCGCCGGCCUCAUGCUCAGCCUCGUCCGCUUCCUCCUCGACAACGGCGGCGUCCUCACCAUCAACAUCUACCCCUUCCUCUCCCUCUACGCCGACCCCAACUUCCCCAUGGACUACGCCUUCUUCCCCGCCCCCGGCGCGCCGCCGUCCCAGGCCUCCGUGCAGGACGGCAACGUUCUCUACACCAACGUCUUCGACGCCAACUACGACACCCUCAUCGCCGCGCUCGAGAAGCACGGCCUGGGGGCCAUCCCCGUCGUCGUCGGCGAGAUCGGCUGGCCCACCGACGGCGCCAAGAACGCCAACGCCGCCAACGCGCAGCGAUUCAACCAGGGCCUCUUCGACCGCAUCAUCGCCGGCAAGGGCACCCCGCGCCGCCCCCGGAUGCCCGACGUCUACGUCUUCGCGCUGCUCGACGAGGACAACAAGAGCGUCGACCCCGGCAACUUCGAGCGCCACUGGGGCGUCUUCAACUACGACGGCUCGCCCAAGUACCGCCUCAACCUCGCCGGCGGCCGCCCCAUCGUGCCGGCCAGGGGCGUCCGCUACCUCUCCAAGCAGUGGUGCGUGCUCCGCCCGGACGCCAGCCCCUCCGACCCGGCCAUCGCCGGCGCCGUCGAGUACGCCUGCGAGUACUCCGACUGCACCAGCCUCGGCACCGGCUCCUCCUGCGGCAACCUCGACGCGCGCGCCAACGUCUCCUACGCCUUCAACCAGUUCUUCCAGGCGGCCAACCAGCAGAAGGCCGCGUGCAGCUUCAACAACCUCUCCACCAUCGUCACCACCGACCCGUCCCAGGGGACCUGCAGAUUCGAGAUCAUGAUCGACACCGGCCGCCACGAGCUCACCGGCAAGUCGGCCGCCGGCAGGGUGGCUUCCUCUGCCACGUGGAGCGCCGUGCUAGCGCUCGGCUUGGCCGGCCUUGUUGCGGCCGCGUGGUAAGAUAAGACUGCGACGCAACGGCUAGAAACUAGAGGGCGCCAAUUCUUUGAUUUUUCUUAUACUAACUAGAACUAAAAAAGGGCGACUUAAUAUUAAGGAUAUUCUUGGUGGUAAAUACUUGUUUAUUUACCAUUGGGGACUAUUAUUUAUUGGCGAAGGGUAGCUUCAUUCACUUGCAAAUGGGCUGGUUAAUGUACUGUAUCAGACAAUUGGGGGAAUUGUUGAAGCUGGAUUCUUUCUGAUGUACAUAUGCAUACACGACAGUCAACAGAGAUGUUUAUAUGCAAAAUUUGGUUGGUUGGAAUA